AUGGACGGCGAAAAAUCCGAUGAAGCGGCGUUUAUCAAAGCCCCGACAUACGUGGAAUUGGUCAAGCUUGUGGAUCUGCUCAGAGAGCAGAGUGCACAGUCGUCGACGUUGCAGGCUGAGGUUGCAUCCCUACGGCAGGUGAUAGCCGCCAGAAAUGUAUCCGAGCUGGUUGAAACGCCCGUGACCGUAACGGCUACUCCGACGAUGCGUCCCGAAUAUCGAGUAGUUCCCGACCUGAGUCGGGCGAUGACCUUGUUCUCCGGGGAAUGA